AUGAAACAAGACACCAUUUUGCCGACCCAUGGACUUAUGCCCAGUAACCCUCCUGCCCGACGCCCAGCUGGACGUGUGCUCUUGAUAGCUUUCUUAACCAGUAUCUUGGUCCUAUCUUUCCUCAAGGGCGAGACUAUUUUAUCAGCAAUCACCGAAAAUGCUAAGAGCUGCGAGCACAAAGAUCAUGGGGCAACAAGUAUUGCUGCGCUUCGUGUCCGAGAUCUUAGUCGCCUGCAGGAAGACGCUGCUGUCUCUACAGAUGGUCGAUCUGGGUACAACCGUCGUGAUGAAACUGCUAUUACCACCGACGGUCGCUCCGGAUACAACCGCCGCAGCGAAGACCCAGUCAUGACUACAGACGGACGGUCUGGCUAUAACAAGCGCGAAGACAUUGCAGCUAUUACGACAGAUGGUCGAUCUGGAUAUAACCGGCGCAGCCGCAAGGAGACAUUAGAUAUCACCACGGAUGGUCGUUCUGGGUACAACCGCCGUGAACAAGACAUCACUACAGACGGACGAUCUGGAUACAACAAGCGCGAGGAGGCUCCUGACUCUGCAACUGAUGGCAGAUCCGGGUACAACCGUCGCGAACAGGCGACUGAUGCCACUACUGAUGGAAGGUCCGGAUACAAUAAGCGGGAGGAAGCCUCUGCUGUCACAACUGACGGCCGCUCGGGUUAUAACCGUCGCGAAGAAGCCUCAGCCGCCACGACUGAUGGACGUUCUGGAUACAACAAGCGAGAAGACGCUUCUGCUAUUGGAACUGAUGGGCGCUCAGGAUACAAUCGUCGAACGAAUGACGCAUCAGCCACAACUGACGGACGAUCUGGGUACAACAAGCGCGACGAGGCUCUUGAUGCUACAACAGAUGGUCGUUCCGGGUACAACCGUCGCGAAGAGAUCUCGGACGCCACUACGGAUGGAAUAUCGGGGUACACUGGUGUAGAAGAUAAAGCUUCUAGAGUCAGUCGUCGCGAGGAGGUCGCUAGUGCCUCCACUGAUGGACGGUCCGGAUACAACAAGCGUGAGGAAAGCUCUGCUGUUGGAACCGAUGGACGCUCAGGAUAUAACAAGCGCGAUGAAGCCUCUGAUAUCACUACCGAUGGACGCUCUGGGUACAACCGCGCAACCUAA